CCUCCCAUAUGCAUUACAUUGAAAAAUCAUUUCGAAUUUAUGAGCUUAAACCAAGCUUCCAUCUUAAUCCUCUCCAUUAAUCCUCGAUCUCGAGAUUUUGCUGCUCUUAACCACAAGCCGCCUCUUCGCUUAACCAAAACGGGAUCUCUUGCUGAGUAUCUCGCUUUUGGCUGAAGGGUGGGCGGUGGUGGUUGAUUUCGAUUAAAGAGAAACCAGUGGUGCUCCAAUUCUCUGGUUUUCCAGGGAAUGCCGAAAAAUGACUCUAAUCCUUCACAAUCCUUUUCAAACAUCUAUAAUUGUUUUGAUGCAGUUGAAUUGCCCUGUUUUGCAUUGGAGGAAAACAGUGUCAUAAAUCAGGAAACCUCACCUGAUUACCUGCAAGUUAUUGCGUAGAGCGCGUACUCUAUCAGUACUCGAUUUAUGGGAAGAUGGUUGAGCAUCUUUUUUAUUAUCAACUCCUGCAUUGUUGAUCUGGUUGAUAUUAGGAUAUUGUUCUGUACUUUUCAAUUUUAGGAUUUGAUAGAUUGGGAUGGAUAAUAAGCAGAUUGUGGUGGUUCAAAGAUAUGAAUUAGGUAGAUUACUCGGCCAAGGAACCUUUGCGAAGGUAUAUUAUGCGAGAAAUACAGAAACUAAUCAAAGCGUGGCCAUUAAGGUGAUUGAUAAAGAAAAGAUCACGAAGGCUUCGCUAAUAGAUCAGAUUAAGCGUGAAAUAUCUAUUAUGCGACUUGUUAGGCAUCCUAAUAUUAUACAUCUAUAUGAGGUUAUGGCCACCAAGACUAAGAUCUACUUCGCCUUGGAAUAUGCUAAAGGCGGUGAGCUCUUUGACAAGGUUGCUAAAGGGAGGCUGAGGGAAGAAGUUGCUUGGAAAUACUUUUAUCAGUUGAUCAAUGCUGUUGAUUUUUGUCACAGUAGGGGAGUAUAUCACCGUGAUAUAAAGCCAGAGAACCUACUUCUUGAUGAAAAUGAGAAUCUUAAGGUGUCUGAUUUUGGUUUAAGUGCUUUAGCCGAGUCCAAGCGCCAAGAUGGGUUGCUACACACUACUUGUGGUACUCCAGCUUAUGUUGCUCCUGAAGUCAUCAAUAGGAAGGGCUAUGAUGGUGCAAAAGCUGAUAUCUGGUCUUGUGGAGCAGUCUUGUUCGUCUUAUUGGCAGGUUAUCUACCAUUCCACGAUUCAAAUUUAAUGGAGAUGUAUAGGAAAAUUGGAAAAGCGGACUAUAAAUGCCCUAGUUGGUUCCCUCGUGAUGUACGUCGGCUGCUUAUGAGGAUGCUUGAUCCAAACCCCGCUACUAGAACUUCCAUAGCAAUGAUAAGGCAAAGUUCCUGGUUCAAAAAAGGAUUGAGGUUUAAGAUGUUAAGAAGUGAAACAGGAAGUGAUGCUAAAGCGAGUGAAGAUGCAGCAGCUGUUUCUGAAACAUCAGAGAGCAGUAGUGUGUCAGCAGAUGGAAAUCAAGAGCCAGAUAGACCUCCGACGUUGAACGCUUUCGAUAUCAUCUCCCUUUCUGCUGGGUUCAAUCUAUCCAGUUUAUUUGAAGACAACUCAAAGAGGAAAGAAACAUUGUUUACUUGUAGAAAACCGGCCUCUGUUAUUCUCUCCAAGCUAGAAGAUAUCGCUAAACUUCUCAGGUUUCGGGUGCAGAAGAAGGAAGCAGGCCUACUGAAGUUCGAGGCGCUGACAGAGGGUAAAAAGGGGCCUUUGUCCAUUGAUACAGAGAUAUUUGAGAUUACUCCAUCCUUUUAUUUGGUGGAGAUGAAAAAAUCCAAUGGGGACACAUUGGAGUAUCAGAAGAUAUUAAAAGAGGACAUAAGACCAGCUCUACAGGAUAUUGUAUGGGUAUGGCGAGCCGAGCAGGCGCAGGAGCAGCAGCAACAACAGCCUCAGCCUCCGCCUCCGCAUCAGCCUCUCGAACUGCAGGAUCGGGAUCCAUAUCUGGACCAAGAGGGUGUGUCACAACAGCAGUAGCAGCUCGAAGAACAAUCAUAAAACCUGGAUUUGCCAGGACCUUAAUGUCGAUCUUCCCCAACUUGUACUAGUAACAUACUUUUCUGUACAUUUGUUCAUCUACUAAAGCUACACUACAUUCUGAUAAACACUUGCACAACAAAAUUGCAAAAUCUAUUAUCAGCUUCUUAUAUCUUUCACAUAUUCACAAGAAGUACCCGAAUUACGUUUUGUACAUCGAACUUCAUCUGUAACAAUCCAUACAUAUAGAAUCUGUAUCUUGUCAUUGGCCAGGCUAUGAAAUCCUGCCUGAUUGAUCAAGGAGAGGAGCCUCAAAUGAGUAAUACAAGCUCGGAAGCAGCUGGAGUUUCUAAAGUCUGCUUCCAUGUAAGUGAUACCUAUAAACUUUAAACUCGACAGACCUCUGGUAGAGCAUAAGAUAUUUGUCUGAUGAGAUAUAAACUUCAUUGUCCAAAUGCUUUUGAACUGCUGUUGCUUUCAUGACAGUUCUGGGUCACGCGGCUGUGUUAUGGCAUCGGGUUUGGCUGGAAGGAACAAAAGUGAAGGUUGGUGAGUUUGGCAAAAAAGAAGAGACACGUUUGCAAGUCAUCAUGUGGGAUUUAGAUUUCAUUGGUAACGCCUAUCUCCAAAUGUCAUUCUUCAAAGUCAUUCAUAAAUAUAACUUUACAGCACUGCUAUGUUCUUGGUGGCUCUGCACUUGAAUUGAAAGGUUUGGUUUGUGUAA